GGAUUUACUCAAAGAUGGGGCCGGUGGUGUUGGUCGAAUAAGCAUGGACAGAAUGUGACACAGACCAAAAAUUCUCUCGGUUGCGCGAAGGAUAAAUAUUACCGGGCAAGAGAGACCGCUUGAAAAUUAAAUAUGGGGCAUAUUGCAAAAAGAGCGAGACGCUGAAGGAGAGUGGGAGCUGUGCUGUGCUCUGGAUGUAACUUCAGAGGAAAGCUGCCGCAUUUUCUUUCUUGUUGAACGUGCCGCUCAAUGAUGAUCCUCUCUGCACCUGUAGAGACAAGUAGGGGGAGCAGGACCACACGGGAAAUUCCGGGCGACCCUUCUACCAUGUGCUGCUGAAAUGACACCAUUAAUGAUUGAUGCUGUUUCAUGGCGUGUUCCCCCCCCCCUCUCUGUCUCCCUUCUCUCUCUCUCUUUUCUCUGUUGGAUGCUGGACGUACAGUGCGUGAGAGAGAAAUCAGCGUUACUCUGGUCUGCAUCCCUUUGAAUUAUUCAGCUUUCUUUUCAAAAACCUUUCUACGUUUAAGGCAUCAGAUGAGCUUGGACGGUUGUUAAGCUGUGGACUGCGGACACGUUUUGAACAUUGGAGGAAAGAGCUAGGCGCCUGUCAGACAAAUGCAAGCUGCAGAUCCAACAGUCACGGUGUUCCUACAUAUACUUUGCGGGUGGAUGGUACCAAGAUGUUCCUCCUGGUCUGGUUGGCUCUCUCAGUGCCGGGCACCUCUCCAUCCUCCGGGCCGGAUACCAAGGCGAUCUGCUCGGUGUGUUCGUGUGCGGCAGUCGAGCACAUUUUGUAUAUUUCCUGUGACAAAGGCAGCAGCUUGUACAGACCGAGCCAGCUCCGACCCCCGACCGCCAGCAUGUACCACCUCAACUUGCAGAACAACCUACUGGGCACCCUGUACCCACACAGCUUCACCAACUUCACCAACGCCAUCUCGCUACAGCUCGGCAAUAACAAACUGCAGGAGAUCCAGGCGGGAGCGUUCCGGGGUCUGACUCACCUCAAACAGCUACACCUGAACAACAAUGAGCUGCAGCUCCUGCGGGCUGACAUGUUCCUGGGGUUGGAGAACCUGGAGUAUCUCCAGGCCGACUAUAACCUCAUCAGGGUCAUCGAGAAGGGCACCUUCAACAAGAUGCACCGUCUCAAGGUGCUGAUCCUCAAUGACAACCUGAUCUCAUCGCUGCCAGACAACAUCUUCCGCUUCGCCUCCCUCACCCACCUGGACCUGAGGGGUAAUCGACUGCAGAACAUCCCUUACAUCGGCGUGCUGGAACACAUAGGCAGGAUUGUGCAGUUUCAGCUGGAGGACAACCCCUGGAAUUGUUCGUGCCAGCUCUUGGCACUGGCCAGCUGGUUGGAGAACAUGCCUUACCAUCUCUACAUCGGGGAUCCAGCCUGUGAGACCCCAGCGCAGCUCAAUGGCAGGCUGCUGAAGGAGAUGACCCAACGGGAGCUGUGUCCCGAGGAAGCAGAGGGUCUCCCGGACCCCAGCCAGCCCCCACCUUUCCAGCUGAGCCCCCGAGUGACCCGCCGGCCCCAACUUGCUCCCAGGCCCCCCAGCGGCUCGCCUCCCAGGAGGUCCCAGUCCGGGAUCGUCUCGGGCAAAUUCCUCUCCAGCAACCGCACCUACAGCCAAAUCGCUUCUUUCCAAACCCGGGCCCCGCCUCUGGUCCAGUGCCCGGCCCGGUGCGAGUGCCAAAGCGACCCGUCAGACCUGGCGCUGAGUGUCAACUGCCAAGGGAGAGGGGUUGAGAGUGUCAGGGAGCUGCUGCCCACUCCGCCCAGUGCCAGCAAGCUGCUGCUCAGCGGCAACCGCAUCAGGGAGAUGGAGAGCUCGGAGUUCCGGGGCUACGAGGGCUUGGAUCUCCUGGAUCUGGGCAACAACAGGAUCUCCGCCAUCCAGAGGGGGGUCCUGGGUAACCUGACCAACCUGCGGAGGCUCUUUCUGAACGGCAACCAGAUUGAGAGACUGUGCCAGGACAUGUUCCUGGGGCUGCACAACCUGCAGUACCUUUACCUGGAGUACAACCUCAUCCAGGAAGUCCUGGCGGGGACCUUCGACCCCCUGGGCAACCUGCAGCUGCUCUAUCUCAACAACAACCUGCUGAAGGGGCUGCCGGCCUACGCCUUCUCGGUGGUGCCCCUGGCCCGGCUCAACCUGAGGAACAACCACUUCAUGUACCUGCCGGUCAGCGGCGUGUUGGACCAGCUCAGGUCCUUGAGCCAAAUCGACCUGGAGGGGAACCCCUGGGACUGCACCUGCGACCUGGUGGCCCUGAAGCUGUGGGUGGAGAAGCUGAGCGGCGCCACCACAGUGAAGGACGUGAGGUGCGAGACCCCGGUCGAGUUUGCCGGCCUGGACCUGAGGGAGCUGAGGAGCGAGGUGCUGUGUCCCAGGCUCCUGACCAAAGCCGGGGCAGUGAGCCCGAGCCCUGAAGCCAGCUUCGCUCCUGAAGCGCCCCCUCUGAACCUGAGCAAAGCCAGCACUGGGGGUCCUGUCCCCCUCUCCAUCCUCAUCCUCAGUAUCCUGGUGGUGUUAAUCCUCACCGUGUUCGUGGCGUUCUGCCUCCUGGUGUUCGUCUUGCAGAGGCACAAGAAAGGAGCAGGCAAGCACGAAGGGAUGGCGAGCCAGGAGUGCACCUCCAUGCAGCUCCAACUCAAGGAAGGGGAGCAGCCAGCCGCCCGGGGAGAGGGCUCCCAGCCGGGAACCGCGGGCAAGUUCAUGCCGCAGACCAUCGAGCAGCUCAGGAAGACUUACCCCGAGCAAGGCAGCCCGUUCGCCGACCCCCAGGGCCAGACCAUCUUCCUCAGGAACGUCAGUGACAAGGACAAGAAGCGACUGAGCACCAUCGACGAGUUGGACGAGUUGAUCCCCAGCAGAGAUCCCCACCAGCUCUACCGCAAUCUGGUCGAGGGCAAGCAGGAGGUCAACAGCAUCGGCUUCGGCGGCUUCGAGUUGCAGCAGCCCGAGAAACAGGGCGAGGGCAAAAAACUGAGGAAGUCUCUGCUGGGCUCCGGUCAUUCCAAAAUGCUGAUGGAACAGCGCAAGGGCGAGUACUCGGAGCUGAAAGCCAAACUCCACGGGACCCCAGAUUACUUGCAAGUUCUGGAGGAACAAACAGCUUUGAGUCAGUUGUAGGACAGCUGCAAAUGGGUGUUCUUUUUUAAAAAAGAAAUAUAUAUAUAUAAUAUAUGAAAAAGUGCCUUUCAUUUAUUUCAAUUGCAGAUAUUGACCGGAGCCUGGAGCGAUUCCUUCUCUUCUCCCCCCCACCCCCCAUCGCAACGACGCAACGUGCUCCUCAGAGACUUUUAUAAACUGCAGGAUUUUCAAUACGUUUGAAAAAUAAACAAAAAAAAAAUCACAGACUCCCAACAUGCCAAGCACUGGGAAAGUCCAACUGCGGACGAACAACACAAUCAAUGGUAACAGGAUUCCUUUUUUUUUAAAAAAGAAAAUUGUAUUCCGUGACUCAGUUCCAAAGUGUCCCACUGUCGAAAAGGCUCUGCUCUGGUCUUUUUAAGAUAUUCACAAGGUGCGAUAGGUUGUCCUUUGUUACUGUGCUAAAAAACCCCUCCUCCCCCUUCCCCAAAAUCUUCUCCCCCUCCACCCACCCUCCCACCAACAGUUCAGACCCCCUCCCCAGUGGGACUGACCAUUUGCUUUUCUGUGCGUUCGCCUGAAACAGCCAGUGUUCUGAUACAUUUGAUGCAACUUUCUAACUUUUUUUGCAUGAUGGACUUGUGCAGUUUCUAAAUGGGACUUGGACUGGAAGGGGGUUGGGAUAGCAUGGGACAGAGAGAUGUCAACUCAGUGUCCAAGGUGACCUUUGCUUAAAUUAUUAUUCCUUAUGAUAAAUUACCAAAACUGUAGUCCCAGAGAACACCCCGUAGGGAGAAUAGGGAAAAGCAAAAAUAAUUUUGCCUAUCUCAUUGAACUCAGGUUGUCAGGGUCAAUGAGACUUACAGCCAGUGGAGAACUGUGACCAUUCUAGUAAAACAAAAUCAUUUUUUUUCCUCUCGUUUCCUAUAAGACAGCUUUAAAAACCUUAGAUUUUGACUUUUUAAUGUUUCAGUAAAUGAAUCCAAGGUACAUAGUCAAGAUUGUAUGUUCCCACCCCAAGGAUAUAAGAUUGCUUACUGUGUAAGCUUGUUAAAUAUCGUCAUAGCCAUAACUUGAUCUCACUGCAGCAUUUAAAAUACUUUGAGUUAAAGAUUGGCAAAUAUAUAUUCAUAUGUUUACUCCAGUUACCAAAAUGUUUACUUGCUAACAUAUUUAUUGAUCAUUUGGUGUGUUUUGUAUUUUCAUAUUUAAUUCACAGUGAACUGUGUUUAAUAUUAGUGCAUUAUUUUAGAAGCCUCAAACCCAGCUUCAUUAUCUAUCCAUUCAUUUCAUAUUUCUUUUUCUGCUAGAGCAUUUGAGAUUAAUGUGUAGGUCCUGACAGAUUUUACAGCAUUCCCUUUUAAAGCACCACUUUGUAGGAACAUGGAGCAAUGGGAAAGAUAAUCAGAAAGGGGGGCCAUGUCCGUAAAAACAAUUGGUCAUCUAUUGCAAUUCAAAGGAAUUUAUGUUCAAUCCUGCAGAAAGCAAUCUGAAAAAAAAAAUAGGAAUUUUACUUUCUGUUUUGAAUUCUUACGCUACUGUAAGAAAACAUGUUGAAAGGGAAGUGCUGUGGAUGCUGUAAAUCUGAUCAAAAGCAGUCUGGACUGGAUAACACUCUACAAGCUAUUCUGCACCUGUGAAGACAGGAAAGCAAAGUUAAUCUGUCAGCCCCAUGUCUUUUCAUCUAAUUGAGAUGUUUUGGAUGAUUAAAUGAACUGAUACAAUAAAUUGAGAGUAAC